AUGAUAUCCAGUGCAGGUGGCCAAAAGGGUGUGUCCAAGUCCUGGCGACGGGAGAUACGGUUGCGCCCCGGGCGUCUGUGUGAAUCAAGUCGUGGACCCGAGUUCGACUCAGCUGAAUUGGCCAAAGGAAGAAGCGCAUCCAAGCGCCUCAUCCUCCUCCCGGUUCACAGUGUCCAGCCGGGUUGUCAAGAGACCCAUAAAGCUCCAUCUGGUCACCUCGCUUGCUGUCCGCAUACCCACCCUGAUUGGUGCAAUAAACGGACACUGUUCGUCGCGUUUCGUGUGAAUGGGGUUAAUUUGGCUGGUCCCGUGUCAGUAAAUUCCAGCCGAAAGACACAUCUCCCUCGUCAGAUGUGGCAGGAAUGUGUUCCUUUGCAACGAGCACCAAGAGACGUUUGUGCAUGGGUGAAUGUACGAGGGCGUUUGCAGGUGAUGCCCGAUACUACUUUAACAGCACUACUGAUUGCCCGAGGAUGCGACCAGAAUUGA